AUGCGUACUACUCCCCGAUUGUUGAAUCUGGACCGAAUGCAGCUUAGUCCGGACGAGGCUCUGAUUGAAUUGUCUCCCACGGGACCGAGCGAAGCUCUGACCUUUUGGGACUAUUGUAGUUUAGCCGGAUUGGAAUGCUAUACAGAGGAUCAGCUUCCGGAACAUCGACGAAUCCAUUGGAACAAACAUUUAUCUCCCGCCUGA